AGGUUGCGGGAGUGUCGCAGUUAGACCCAACGAUUUCGUAAUUCAUCAUCAGCAUCGCUGAAGAAGGAAGUGCAGUCAUGGCGCAGGGGCUCAGAGACAGAUUUGAAAAGUUUCUCCAUGAAAAGAAUCUCUUAACAGAUGUUCUGGCAAAAGUCGAGGCAAGAACUGGAGUAAGCAGGACGUACAUCGCUCUCGCUCUCAUCGGUAUCAUCGCAGUUUACUUGGUCAUUGGUUACGGAGCCUCCCUACUGUGCAACCUCAUCGGCUUUCUUUACCCUGCCUACAUAUCUAUUAAGGCCAUUGAAAGUGCUACCAAAGAGGAUGAUACUAAAUGGCUGACCUACUGGGUGGUGUAUGGAGUCUUCAGUGUGGCAGAGUUUUUUGCUGAUAUCUUCCUCUCCUGGUUCCCAUUCUACUAUAUUGGAAAGUGUGCCUUCUUGGUGUGGUGCAUGGCUCCAACUCCCUCUAAUGGAUCAGUCAAGAUUUAUAAUUGCAUCAUUCGACCAUUUUUUCUCAAGAAUGAAGCCAAGAUUGAUGACGUGGUGAAGAACCUCAAGGACAAGGCGUCUGAAGCUGCUGACAAAUUCAAAGAUGAGGCCAAGAAGGCCACAGCAAACAUCAUGUUUGAGGAGAAGAAGAGCUCCUAAGGAGGAGGCAUCCUGUCCACAGUGUCAUCUCUGGAGCCGACUCUGCUACUGAAGAAAUGUUGCCUUGCUUUUUUUUUUCCCUAAGAGAUUGUCUUCACUAUAAUCUUCUCCAACAUGUAUUAGAUGUUACACGUGUGUCUCAUGUAUCAAUUAAGUCAUUGCAAGGGUCAGUUCACUUAUUCAACUUUGUCUUCUGGAGGGCUGUCAAGUAACUGUAACCUUACCUCUGGUAUGCUUUAUGAACCAAAAUAAAAACAAAACUUGUUGACGUGG